GCGUAGAAGAAUUUUAAUUAAACAAUACACCACGAACUGAUCCUGUGUUCAGAGUACGACGCACAACACACACACACGCACCACACACACAACACACACAUUCCAUUCCAGUGUGUCGCGUCUUCGCAGUAAGACAUUUACGUAUGCAAACAAAAUCAAGGGCUAAAAAUAGAUCCGGAAGUAGAAUGUCACGUGCUGAUGACGCCAGCCUUCCAGACGAUGGGCCUCUGUUCUCUAUUGACUUGGUGGACCAGGACCUAGAGGAUUACUACCACAACACAACCCAGGAACAUGACAUGGCCGAGGGCGCGGAACACAUCCAGGAACUUCUGCCCGAGGACGUCGCCAGUCGGGCCCUGUGGAUUUACGGUUCACCUCUGAUUGUGCUCAUCGGCACUGUGGGCAGCAUCCUGUCUCUGCUGGUCCUGUGCCAGAAGUCAAUGAGGACCAAGACUACAAUGUUCUAUCUGGCCAGUUUGGCUGUUUCUGACCUGAUGUGUCUCUACACAGGACUGGCCAGAUUGUGGCUGGAGCAUGCGCAGAACAUCUACAUCCGGCUCACUUCUGAGGCAUCGUGUAAGCUGCACACUUUCAUAGUAUACAUGUCGUUGGACCUGUCAGCUUGGAUCCUGGUGACAGUCUCCGUGGAUCGAUGCCUGUUCAUCACCUGGCCUCACCGGGCCAAGACCUGGUGUACCAUACGCAACGCACGGAUCAGUGUGGCGGCGGUGGCCUGCGCUGUCACCUUACUCAACCUCCACUUCCUGUGGACCUAUCAGCUGGAUGGCGACAGCGUCGGGCAUAUCUAUAGCAACGGGGGAAAGAAAUGCUACGCGGACACCAGCUCGGAGCUGACGGUGAGGUUUAUUGAGAGAGUAUGGCCAUGGAUAGAUCUGUGCUUCUAUUGCCUCUUCCCCUUCCUCUUCAUGCUGACCUGUGACGUCAUCAUCAUCAGACAACUCUUUCAGUCCGAGCGGGUCAUGGCCUCACACAAGAGGCGGCUAUUUUUCAGGCGGAAGUUGACGAACACAUUCAAAUCGUCUCCCUUGGCUAAACUUCGGAUUGGCGAAAACGCCCGAAAAACUCCGGGAGAACGCAGCGACGUCGGCGUGGGUUUCGGAGCCAAUCGGGGCAGCUUGUUGUCAACGAGCGACAAGCGAAGUGAAGAGACGCGUUUGUUUCACAGGUCAAGCUCGGUUUCGGACACCAGCUUAUUAAAAACAUCUUUUAAGUAUAGCAACGCUGGGUCAGGUCAUUUAGCUCCGGUUUACGUCAUCGACCCCACUCCUUUGAAUGAAGACGCAGAAGAUCAAAUAGAGUUAUUCCCAGAGCGAAAUCUCGCUGUCUACAAAGCCAUCUCGUCUGCUGCAGUCCAAACUUUGCUGCCAACAGAUGUAAACCAAUUAACAGGAAAUGAGUCUACUAUUCAAAGCGAGAUGCACUUGACUAGAUGCCACGACUCUUCAACAUCUCUGGUGUCCUUGAAAAGUACUAGCGAAUUGGGUGGUAAAAAUAAUUUCAACCGAAAGCAAAGCAUCCAGACUCUAGCCCCGUUAACUUUCCCGCCAGAAAACUUCUGCUCAGACACCACAUGCAAAGAAGUCUCACAGUUUGCUGUAUCACCUUCAAGCGUAAGCACGCGCUUUACUUUUGCAGCAGACGGCGUUGACGUGUUUCCAUCAGCAGACGACGGAGCCACAAAAAAGAAUCCCUUAUGUAUUUCUCAUAUCCGUAAGAAUAUAUGUAAUAAAGUGCACCCGAUGAAAACUGGCCAUCUCAAUGAUGUCUGUUUAUAUACGCACGGGGGAGACUCUGAGAUUCCUGAGCUCAAGUUGGAUAACUGGGAAGAGACUAAAAUCUUUAGGGACAGACCAUCCAAAGCAGAAACUAUUGGCGACAGACCACUCAAAGAAGAAACUAUUGUCGACAGACCAUUCAAAGAAGAAACUAUUGGCGACAGACCACUCAAAGAAGAAACUAUUGUCGACAGACCAUUCAAAGAAGAAACUAUUGGCGACGGAUCAUUCCAAGCCGAAACUAUUGACGACAGACCAUUCAAAGGAGAAGCUACUGGCGACGGAACAUUCAAAAAAGAAAUUAUUGGUGACAAAAUUCGAGCAUCUAUUGAAGAAGUCAACAAUCGACAUUCACAAAGACUUAGCAUAGAAUCCGCAUAUAUCCCUUUAACCAGAACUGAGGGAAACGAAUAUGAGUUAUCAGAAUUAAGCAGACUUCAGAGGGCAAAGCUUUCUGGGAACUUUAGUGAAAAUUCAGCGACUUCCCAGAUUUCACGCAAGAGUCGAUCUCUCAGAUCGGAAGGUCAACAGUCGUCUCGCAGGACAACGUCCAGUGUUAGUAAAACUCUUCUAGCGGUGACCAUCACCUUCUGGGCAUUGAACGCUCCCAUCGUCAUCUUUAUCAUCGGCUACACGUACUGGUCAAAGGUGAUCGACGAUCGCAAACACGCCAGGCUGUCCUUGGCCUGGGCAGUGGUCAACUGUCUACAAUACUCCAAUAACUCUAUCCACUUCUUUCUGUACUGUCUUACAGCUCCGAGAUUCAGACGAGAGUUGUGCAAGCUCCUUGGUUUUCUGACCAGAAACGGCAGAAACAUACCAAAGUGAAACAACGGAUGAAAACUUUUUUUUUUGUUAUCUUUGGUAUGACCAGUAAGCAUGGAGUUGUGGUCAAUCCUCGGCUGUCGUUUAGAAGGUCGCUGAUUCGCUGUUGAAGCUAAACUGGCCAGCUGUUUCGGAAGCCAAAGACGAGUCACUUGCAGAUUAUAGGACUUCAUAGAAAAGUCUUUUCUUUAAUAUUCCCGGCAGUUGUGCUUUCAACAUUAUACAUAUAUAAACGUCAUUACAAUUAUGCAUUUUAAAAAAUUGUAAAAGAAAUAGUGGUUUGAAGCAGAUCUGAAUGACCUUAGCCCUGAAACGACAAGGCGGCCGGUCGUUGUGCUUUCCACGUGACACCCUCGUUACUUGGUAAGCUUAUGCAUAGAUUAGUCUCGAAAUGGACUAAGUGUACUGAACACCAUUCGUCAAGGCAAGGUCUUCUCAUUGAUCCAAAGCCCAUCAGAAUAAAUCUUCAUUUCAACCAUUAUGUACAAAGUCACAAACCAUGAGCUGCAAAGUUGUAUUAUUUUUGCAUUGAUAGCAAUCUUUUUACGUAAUAUAUGUAUUUAAAUCUUACCUAAUUAGUUCAGCCUUGUUUUAAAGUGUUCUGUUUGUCUCUUUGUCAUAUCUCUAACUACUCUCGCCCUUAUGUAUUUUGUCCUUUAAUGUUACCCAGUCUGGAUCUAUUAUAUAUCAUCAAAGUAGAAUUUUAUACACUCUGAGUAGAUUUAUACAUUGGUGUUACUAGGAUUUUUCUCGAGAGGGUAAAGAAAUAAGGGCAUGGUAAAAAUGUGUUUUUUUUUAAAUCUAUCAUUCAUUUAGUUGAAGUAUUUUCUCGUUCAAAACGGCGAUUCACUUCACAAAUGAGGAAUUGUGUAUUUAAAAAAAGAAAAUGUUAUAUCACUUGUUUUGUGUGCAUUUUCAACUCUGACGAAUCUCAAAUGAGAAAUCAGACUUGAGGUUUACAUUCAAUUCACUAAGUUAAUCUAACUUGUAGCUGUACAAUAUGUCAUGUGAUUAUUUUGUUUUAUACUAGAACCAUGGGAAAUGUUUCAAAAAAAUAUAUUUCUAAAAUAUG